UCGAAAAAACCAAGCUCGAAAAAAAUGCACCGAAGUCGGCUCGAACCGAAACGGCAAACCUAUUCAAUAUUCUUACUUAUCCUACACCUUCCUUUCACUUCCCCAUUUAAUUCAUUCCACAUUCUCACAUAUCCUAAUUCUUCUUUUAUCCCGUCCGAUAUUUGGGAUAUCAUAAAGAUCAGUGUGAUAAGUCUUCUGAACAUAUACUAAUAAUUCAAUAAUUUUCUUUAAAGUUUUUCGAUUGAUGGAACUCAAGAUUCAGUAAAGCAAACAGUUCCUCGUCUUCAUUUCUCGGAGACAACAAUGAAUAAUCACCGAAAAAAUGGGAAACCUAAUCCUGAACAAAAAUUCUUUUUACUUGUUAUGAAAUUAAGUGUAGAAACAGCUAUUGGAGAUGAAACAAGGAAAGUACUUGUUCAAUCAUUUCAUUCUGACAGAGUUAUUGUUAGGGCCUCCAAUCCGGGUCAAUUCGAACAGCCAGAAUCAGACCAAUCAUGGAAAAACCAAAACGGGGCUUUAACCUUCUCUGGACCUGUUUGUAUUGGAAGUGAUAAACCAAUUGGAGAUGCUCAAUUAACUGUUCAUGGAAACAUUGCUGCAAGUGGACAGAUCACUCGACCAUCAGAUAAACGUUUAAAAGAAGAUAUUGAAGAGAUAAGUACUGCUGAGGCAAUGGGGAGAGUUGCACAAAUGAGACUUGUCGAAUUUGCUUAUAAACCAGAAAUAGCUGCACGUUGGGGACUUUCUGAAAGGGAUAGACACAGAGUUGGAGUUAUAGCACAAGAAUUGGCAGAAGUAUUGCCUGAGGCAGUUAAGGAUAAUGGCGACUUUUUGACUGUUGAUGAUACGAGAAUAUUUUAUGAUACUGUGGCUGCUGCUCAGGAACUUUAUCGUUUGACUGGCAAUUUGGAAUGUAAAAUCGGCCAAGUUGAACGUAUUUCCCACAAACUUGCUCAAUAUGCAAGGAAACGCCGCCAGUUAGGUUCAAUGGCUUCUGGAUUGAGUGAUUUCUCUUCUCUAUUUCCUGGACAAAAUUUUUCUUCAAAAAAUCUCCAAAAUAAUUUUGAAGACAAAAGUCUUUCACAAUCAAGAACUUCUUUAACUUCAGCAGCAACUGCACCAGCUAUUGCUUUUAGAGAUGGAAAUGAAGACGAAAUUAAAGAUAAAUCUUCAAAGAAUAGAUCAAGAAAUAGCUCAAGAAAUUUUGGAAAACGUGAUAAAAAGUCAUCUCUUCCACCACCCCCAUCUCCUCCUCGAAAACAUCGUUGUCGUUCUCAUUCUUCAGCUUCUGCUUAUUGUGGAAGGCAACAAGUUUAUUGUCGCGGGCAAGAAGCAGCUCUUUGCAAUUCAAAAUUUACUCAGGGAACUAUUGUUACGUUGGUUGUAAUUAUGGCACUUUGUUUGGUAACUAUGUGUACUUUGUAUGUCGUUGACUGGUAUAAUCGUACCUACUUGUCCCCUCACUUUCAUCAUUACCACCCUUAUAUGGGAGAAGGAACGGAAAAACAACAAAAACACCAAAAACCUACAGAUUCUCAACCAAUUCCUUCAGAUAUCGAUAGACCCCCUCCACCAGGCAAAAUGAGGGGUCUUUUAGAUUCUGAUUGGAUACCACCUUUACAAUCAAAUAUUCUACCCAUUUCUUUGCAAUAUUGCUCAACAAAUUUUGAUAAAAACAAUCCUUUUAUUUCUGGUCCAACAACAAAACCAAAUUGUCAAAACAAUUGUUGUCCAAUUUCCAAAAAUUCAGAAAAUUCUGAAAGUAAAUUGAUAGAUAAACAAAUACAAGCAUUACUACAAAAUAAUAAAAACACAUUACCAAACCUUAAUUUCGAGAAUGGUGUUAAAAUAGAGAUUUUAAAUUUGGGAAUUAUUUUGGAUAAAAAUUAUUGUUUAUUACAACAAAAUUGUCAGAACAAUUCAAAUAAUUUAUGUAAUACAUUAAAUAGUUGUAAUUCGAGAAUUGGGCGUUAUAAUCUUUAUAUUCCAAUUUCUUCUGAUUUAACAACUGCUCCCCUCAGAUUAAAAAUAAAGUAA